AUGGACGACCUUCUCCCCGAAGACGACCGCUCUAUCGAGCUGUCCUCCGUGGCGGCCAUCUACCCCGAAAUCAAAAUCGAUCCUUCGUCUCCCUUCAAAGCGUCUCUAGACCUCCCAGUGGUACCUUCGAAGCCGUUAUAUGUUUCGUUUCAGCAGCCAGAUGUCGAACCCCCAGACGUUAUUACACCUCCUACCUCUGUCGACGGCGAGCCUGGCUUUGAAUCAGCUAAGGCUGGAUUAGAAACUUCGGUCGACCCGGCCAAAGAAGUCCAUGUUAUCUCCUACCUCCCACCGUUGAGCCUCGAGAUCGAACUCCCAGAAGGGUACCCAUCCGAAAAACCACCCAGUUUCAAAAUCAGCACCGACCCAUCGUGGUUACCGUCUUCUAUUACGACAAAACUCAUAAAUGACGGCAAGGCUUUGUGGGAGGAAUGUGGCAAGGACCUCGUGGUGUAUACCUACAUUGACCACCUUCAGCAACUUUCGGAGACGGUCUUUGGAAUUGACGAUAUACCGGAUGGAGAGGUACAAUUCCCACUUGAUCUCAAGGUUGCAUUGCUAGACUACAACAGCAAGGCUCAACGGGAGGAAUUUGAAAAAGGAACCUUCGAGUGUGGUGUGUGCCUGGAACCCAAGAAAGGCGUGGAUUGCCACCGUCUUCUGCAUUGCGCCCACGUUUUCUGCGUACCGUGUCUCCAGGACUUUUACAACACUUGCAUUACGGAAGGAGAUGUCGAAGGCGUUAAAUGCUUAGAUCCAGAUUGUGGCAAAGGACAGUCUUCUGAGGCGCCUGCAUCGGGAAAGAAGCGCAAGAAAAGUAAUCGAACACUCAGCCCCGCAGAGCUGCUGCAGAUCCCAUUAUCGGAAGAAACCGUGCAGCGGUACGUCUUCAUGAAAAGGAAAAAGAAGCUAGAGGCAGACAAAACUACCGUGUAUUGUCCUCGACAAUGGUGUCAGGGCGCGGCUCGAUCAAAGAAGCACCCCAAGCCGACUGAUCCGAUGUCCGAUGAUUUGGACGCUUCAGAUGAAGACGAUGAUCAAGUUCCUUUCGACCCUCUUGGAGAAGAAGCCCAAUUACCACCGGUGUCGGAGCGUCUGUCCAUUUGCGAAGAGUGCGAGUAUGCGUUCUGUUGCGUUUGCAAGAAGGGUUGGCACGGCGAGCUUGUACGAUGCUUCCCACGUCGCGAUGCAGAAUUGACGGCCGAAGAAAAGGCCACAGAGGAGUAUCUGAGACUGUACACCUCAGUAUGCCCUACAUGCAACUCCCCCGUUCAGAAGCAAAUGGGCUGCAACCACAUGAUAUGCUUCACCUGCAAUACGCAUUUCUGCUACCUGUGCUCGAGCUGGUUAAUGGAAGACAACCCGUACCGGCACUUCAACGACAUCAACAGCGAGUGCUACAAUCGUCUCUGGGACCUGGAGGGUGGCGACGGCGAAAACCCUGUCGGAGCAGAAGCUCUCCACCAAAUUCCAGCGGAAUUUCUCGAGUCAGACGAUGAAAGCGACGGCGAUAAUAUCGCAUGGGAGUUCGACGAUAGCGACGAUGACAUUCGCCGCCAACCCCCGCCACCGGCCCCAUUUCCCCCCCGUGCUGGCGCCGGUAAUCGGGAUCGCGGUCGCGACGCUCUCCUCGACGCAGCAGGUCGCGCCGCAGCCGCAGAGCGACAAGCGCAAGCACGAGCAAUGGCAGAACUCCGCGGUCGUGACGGACAAGCCCAACAACCCCGCCAAGGUCCGAUCCGAGGCCUCCAGCGGUUCCUGGAUCUUGUCCAAAAUGAUCGCGAGGAUGAGUGGGAUAGUGAUGAAUUAGAGGGCGAUUUUUGA